AUGACGUCCCGCUUCGCAUCACGGAGGGUACUUAGAUUGUUGGGCUCCGCCCCAAUAUUCGCCGUCGCUGGUGGCAUAGCUUUCUACGCAGUGGCAUCAUACACCGGAAGUCCCAGUCGACCAGGAGCCAAGAACAGAUCUCUCCUGCCGAGAGACAUCCCACCCAGAUUCCCUCAAGUCAAGUCGCGAGAUGAACAAAUAUCGGAGUUGAGACGGAGCGCGAAAAACGAGCUCCAGCCUACUAAACAGAUAACAUCAAGAUUAUCACAGGGAGGAGAAGGAGACAAGGAUAAAGAGGGUAUAUACAACCUUCUAAUCAUCGGUGCCGGUGCCACGGGGGCAGGCAUCGCGCUCGAUGCUGCGACGCGGGGCUUGAAAAUCGCCCUUGUCGAACGAGAGGACUUUAGCAGCGGGACGAGCAGUAAAAGCACAAAGCUAGUCCAUGGCGGUGUUCGAUACCUUGAAAAGGCUAUCUUGAACCUAGAUUACAACCAGUACAAGCUGGUGCGGGAAGCAUUGCACGAGCGCAAAUAUUUCCUCGAUAUCGCCCCGCAUCUCUCGACGUGGCUGCCCACUCUGCUGCCAGUUCGCUCAUGGUGGCAGGCCCCCUAUCUGUGGGCGGGAGCUAAGAUGUACGACUUGCUGGCGGGCCACCAAGGGCCACCCGAGGGUUCAUACUUUAUGACCAAGAACAGAGUGAUGGGCGCUUUCCCAACGCUGAAUGUGGAGGGCUUGGUUGGCGCCCUCUGUUACUACGAUGGUCAGCAUAAUGACUCGAGGAUGAAUGUUUCCCUGGCCAUAACAGCUGCGCUGUAUGGUGCUACAGUUGUUAACCACAUGGAAGUUACCAAGUUGGAGAAGGAUGUCAAUGGCAAGAUUUGUGGCGCACAGGUUCGGGACACGCUCAGCGAAACUGGAAAAGAAAAUGUGGCAUUUACCGUACGCGCGAGGGGAGUGGUUAAUGCGACUGGGCCCUUUUCAGACGCGAUUCAAAAAAUGGAUGAGACCACAAAGAAGAAUACAGUGGCACCGAGUAGUGGUGUCCACGUUGUCCUCCCUGGAUGGCUUGGGUCCGAGAAACUCGGCCUCGUCGAUCCCUCAUCAGAUGGACGCGUUAUUUUCCUAUUGCCGUGGGAAGGAAAUCUGAUUGCUGGUACAACAGAUAGCCGCUGUGAAGUAGAGAGACAGCCUAUCCCUCAAGGGAAGGAUAUCGACUGGAUUUUGAACGAGAUUAGGAAACAGUUGUUACCAGAAAUCAACUUGAGCCGCUCUGAUGUGCUCUCUGCAUGGUCUGGUAUCCGACCACUUGUCCUUGACCCCAUUUCUAAGAACACAGAGUCCCUUGUACGAAGUCAUUUGGUUACGGUCUCAGAGUCUGGUCUGCUCACCUGUGCCGGUGGAAAAUGGACCACGUAA